AUGUCGUACAAGGCCCAUGAUAUCAGCUGUGAGCAUCUGUUGAUCACAGGUGUUACUGGCUACAUUGGAUUCAAGACUCUCACAAUCGCCCUUGAACGAGGAUAUCGUGUUCGGGCUGUCGUCCGAAACGAACGCAAUAUCAAUGAAUUGAAAAACAAAAGUACGAGGAUCGCACAGAGCCUUGAUCAGGAACAACUUCAAUUUGUUGUCAUUCCAAACUUUCUCGAAUCGGAUGCAAUCUUCAAGGUCCUUGGGGGGAUUACUGUCAUUAUUCACCUUGCAUCACCAUUAGCAAUCGAGACCGAUGAUUAUGAUAUUGGAAUCGUUAAGCCAGCCAUCUCGAUGGUGACUACUGUUUUGGAAGCAGCUACUCGCGUCACAUCAAUCCGCCGCGUAGUCUUGACAUCUUCAUGCGUGACCUUGAUUCCCUUUGAAUGGAAUAUCAACCCCGACAGCAAGCGACUCUAUACAGGUCAGUCUUCCACCCCAUCCAUUUAUAGUUGCAUGCCAGCUCAUAAUGUAUUUCGACUUUCAGUGGACGACGUAAACACCAGUGUUACUGGUCCUUUCUCCACUGCAAUGGAAGCUUACUGGGCAUCCAAAGCUCUCGCAAGAGUCGCGACCAAAGCAUUUGUUAACCAUGCGCACCCGAUAUUUGACUUCGUCAAUCUCCUGCCCUCGGUGGUUAUUGGACCAGAUGACCGCCUAGACGCAGACCCAACUGCAACAGUCAAUAGCCUCCUUCAAGGCACGCGGGCAGCGGUUCUUGCACCCGCGCUGACAUCCUCACUCAACUCCUCGUUUCCGUAUGUCGGAACGCCGGUUCAUGUUGCCGAUGUCGCCCGCGCACAUGUCGAUGCAGUGGACGAUAGUUUGGUUCCUGGCAAUUCGGAGUAUAUUCUCUCUUCGGAUACUCCUAAUGGAGUGGUAUGGGAUAGGGACGUUCAAGAUGCCUGCAGAAAGUUCUUCCCAGAAGAGGUAACCAGUAAAAGGUUUCCGCUUGAAGGGUCUUUGGCGGCAAUAAAAUGGAGGCUGAGUGCCCGGCAGGCGGAGGAAACGUUUGGUUGGCAGUUUACCGAUUUUGAGGAGACGGUGAGGCAGCUCCUUUUGCAGUACUUGCAGCUCAAAGAAAGAUCAGGAAUGAAAUUUUAA